UCAAUAAAGCUAUGGCUAACACUUGAAAGAUCAAGACUUAGGGUAACAACUUUACCUUAUAAUAUCUUCUUUCAUUAACUACAAGGGCUUUGUAUAUAUCACAAGAAUAGUCGGGCACUAUAUACCCAAACAACUUCAUUUGUCAUUAUUAUAAUAUCAGGUUACAUAUAUCAACAUCAGAAUGUUUUUCUUGAAAGACUUGUCAUUAAACUUAACUUUACAUCCGUCAUACUUUGGUCCUCAAAUGGAUCAAUAUUUAAGAGAUAAACUUUUAAGUGACGUGGAAGGAACUUGUACCGGUCAAUUUGGUUAUAUUGUUUGUGUUUUAGAUUGUAUGAAUAUAGACGUGGGAAAGGGUAGAAUUAUUCCUGGUUCUGGUAUGGCAGAAUUCGAAGUCAAAUAUAGGGCAGUUGUAUGGAAGCCCUUUAAAGGAGAAGUAGUGGAUGGAGUGGUAACAACUGUAAAUAAAAUGGGAUUCUUUGCCGAUGUGGGCCCUCUUUCAGUAUUCGUUAGUACUCAUUUAAUUCCAUCAGAUAUGAAAUUUAAUCCAUCAGCAAAUCCACCAGCAUAUGUUAGUCCUGACGAAAAUAUAGAAAAAGGUUCAAGGGUAAGGUUGAAAAUCGUGGGGACAAGAACCGAUGUGAAUGAAAUUUAUGCUAUUGGAAGUAUAAAGGAAGAUUACUUGGGUCCAAGUCCAUUAUGAGUUCAGUGUAUACAUCAAUUCUAUUCUUCAAUGUUUUAAUUCAUUCUUCUCUUUCUGUACAUUAUUU